AUGGGAGACAAAGGAAAGAGAAGAGCGAUUGCUGCUACUCCAAUUGGAAGUUAUUUUAAGGAAAGGACUACGCCAGGCUCUCAACCAGCUUUGAAAAGUGUCUUGGCCAGUAAACAAGUUGUGUACAAGGUUAAGUUGGGGCUUGCAAAAAGCAUCAUUGAUGCACGUAUUCUAUUCAAUGCAAUUCAAUCACCUUACUUUCAACCUGUCUUGGACGGUGUUGCUGCAAUUGGACCUGGUUUCAAGGGACCGUCGUAUGACGAAAUGAGAGUUCAUUUGCUGGCCGAUCUUAAGAAGGAAAGUCAGUUUCUUGUUGAAGGAUAUAGGAGCUCGUGGAAAAGCACUGGUUGUACACUGAUGGCAGAUGGCUGGACUGAUCAAAGGCAGCGUACGUUAAUUAAUUUUCUAGUUUAUUAUCCUGCUGGUAUGUCAUUUGUUAAGUCUGUUGAUGCUUCUGAUAUGAUAAAAACUGCCGAUACCUUGUUUAAAUUGUUUGCUGAGAAACUCAUUCAUGAAAAGUAUCCAAACAUUUUUUGGUCUCCUUGUGCUGCUCAUUGCAUCAAUCUUAUCUUGAAAGACAUAGCAAGUCUUCCUCACAUAGCUGACCUUGCCUCUCGUGCUUCGAAAGUGACUGUCUUUGUUUACAAUCAUAUGAUUUUCUUGUCAUGGCUUAGAAAAAGAAAAGAGUGGAAAGAAAUUGUUCGACCAGGUGUAACACGUUUUGCUACUGUUUUCAUUACUUUGAAAAGUAUAUAUGAUCAUAAACAAGACUUGCAAGCAUUGGUGAUUGACAAAUAUUUCACUUCUCAUAAAUUAUCCAAGAGUGUCAAUGGGAAGAUGGUUAGUUCAAUUAUCUUGGAUAGUAAGUUUUGGGAGGAUUGUUUUACUACUGUUAUGCUUGUUGGUCCUCUAAUUAAGUUAUUGAGGCUUGUUGAUGCUGAUGGGAAACCUUCUAUGGGUAUCGUGUAUGCGGGCAUGCAAAGAGCCAAAAUUAAUAUCAAGACAAUGUUUAGAAAUAGGAAAUCUGUAUACACACCUUAUACAAGUAUCUUGAAAAUGCGGUGGGAUAAGCAUUUGAAGCGUGACCUCCAUGCAGCAGCAUACUUUUUGAAUCCAGAUUACUUCUAUAGUGAGGGGUUUGUUGAGAAGGCAAAUAUCUUGAGGUCUUUGCUUGAUUUAUUUGAUAUUGAAACUCUUUGCGAUGACUCGGUUGUCGCAAUGCAAGAGAUACAGUUGUAUCUAGAUCGAAAAGGAAGUUUUGGAAGGGAAAGUGCAUUGAAAGCAAUUAAGAGACUUGAACCUGGUGAAUGGUGGAGGCUACACGGUGGGAGUGCUCCUAACUUGCAAAAAAUGGCAAUUCGUCUUCUUCAUCAAACAUCUUCAUCAUCCGGCUGCGAGAGGAACUGGAGCCUCUUUGAACAAAUCCAUUCAAAGAGGAGGAACCGAUUAGAGCAUCAAAAGCUAAGUGACAUUGUUUAUGUCACUUAUAAUCUACGCCUUCAAUCUAGAAUGCAUCGCAAGAAGAAGAAUUAUGAUCCAAUUGACAUUCAAAGCAUUGACACAGUAGAUUUUUGA